CUUUGGCCAUGGCUGAACUCAUCUCGAUCGGACUCGGCGAAGAGGGCAUGACAGACACCCACCGCCUGUUUGUCCAAGCACUGAUGUCGCGCACGCUCAUCGCGGAAAACGACCUCCAGGAGCUCUUCAAGCAGGUGCACGUGGCCACAGGAAAACAACCAGGAACGCUGAACGAGUUUCUCAAGAUUAUCAAGGCCAAUCUAGACAUCAUUUCAUUCGACAUUACGAGCGUCAAGUCCGAAGACGAUGGUCGACGAUACUUUGCAUUGGUCAACAGAUAUGCAGACGAGAUCUCCAAGAUGGCCUCAGACUAUGAGCCGCAGGAGAUGGAGCUCUUGAACAAGCUUGUCGAGUUAAUCACACUGUCCGAUUCGGGCACGGCUUCGUCGAUCGACGUGGACAAUGUGGCGCCAUUACUCACCAGGCCAUUAACCAAGGCAGCAGCCGAGGUUGCCGUGCGAAAGUUUACGCACGAUGGCUGGAUUCACGACGACGAAGGAACGCUGUCGCUGACAACACGGACCAUUUUGGAGCUCGAGCCGCAUCUAAAAGAAUCUUUCUCAGAGCAUGUGAUUGCUUGCGCAGCCUGCUCUUCUUUGGUUUUCCGAGGCCAAGUGUGUAAGCAAUCAGGGUGUGGUGGCAAGCUUCACAAUCAUUGUUUGGCGCUAUUCCGCGGGACAAGGCCCAAUUUCGCGUGCCUCACAUGCAAAGCCGAUUUCCUCUAAAUCUCAAUCUCCAUCUGCCAACAACAAAUUUAUGCAAGUUUGGCUCGCGCUUGUUGAUUUGGUUUUUUUUUCCUUGCAUUCGGAUAAAAUACAAUUCAAUACACAAGCUUCAUCUUGUUU